GCAGUUUGGUUUGGUAUUGGUUUGGUUCGCCUCGAAGAUUGCUGUUAUGUCGUUGUCUCCGUAGCCGUUAUGCGAAGGCGGUGUCCUCCUUUUUACAAUAAUACGCGAUGUGCCUUCAUGAAGUGAUCUUUUUAUUCGUAUUAGUGGCAUCCGAUUUUGAAGUCGAAGGAUUUAACGAAGGCUUUAGUGAUGGAAAGAUACAGUUUGGGCAGAACUUCAUUUCGAGGUCCCAGCAUCCAAGGCAUGUCAGUCCUAUAUCCUACCAAGAAGACAAUUCCUUCUCUUACACAAGCACUCGUGAAGGGUCUCAGCUAAUAAUUCAAGACAAUCACAAGCCGGAGUUCACCAACUGCUCUCAAUACAAACCUAGUAUAGUGGAAGAAGAACCAGCAGGAACAUACGUUUUGACUGUAAAUGCAAAUGACAGAGACCCACCGGAAAGUGGCGGUACAAUUAAUUAUACUUUUGUCUCUGCACCCAAUGAAAAGGUAGCAUUUUCAAUUGAUUCCAGCACAGGAGUCAUCACCACGAGACAUAGUUUUGACCGAGAUGAGCCUGUGCGAGAAAAAGAAGUUUACAUCACAGUUCGGGCCACAGACAAUGGCAAACCACACCUGGACGAUGUGUGCACCAUUAAAGUCACAAUAACAGAUGUCAAUGAUAACUAUCCUGUCUUCGACAAAGCUAAUUAUGUAGAAUCUGUCCCACAAGACCUGGCUGUCGGACAAGAAGUGAUGAGAAUAUCCGCCACUGAUAUUGAUGAUGGUAAUAACAGUACUGUUGUUUAUGAAUUGUCUCCAAAAAAUUACGAUGAUGGUAGCUACUUCAGGAUGGAUGCAAACUCUGGAGUCAUUUUCCUCAACAAAUCAAUCAAUCGUCAACCAGGUUAUAAAUUUAAGCUUCGUGCCACUGCCUCAGAUCAGGGAUCAACUCCAAAAAGGACCACAACAGACUUGGAAGUAAAAGUAGUAGAGUCAAAUAAGAAACCUCCGACUUUUACUUACAUACCUGCAAGCCCCAUCAUGCUCUUUGAAAACCUCUCGGAUUUCACGUAUAACAUUGCAACCUUAACUGCUGCAUCCAACACUGAUGAAGCUGCCCCUGUGUUUGAGUUAAUCACUGGGCGGACUGAACAGACCAACAAACAAACAACAUUUAGGUUAGAAUCUGAAGGUGUCACUGCCCACAUAAGAAUGGCAAGGCAUUUAGAUUACGAAGCAAUCUCUGAAUAUUCUUUAACAAUUCGCAUUCAGAACAAACAUAAUCUUGGUGCUUCCGCACCCUUGAGUAUUCGAUUGAUUGAUGUGAAUGACAACAUUCCAACGUUUACCGAAGUUGUAUCUGGAUUCGUCCUCGAAAAUGAGCCUCCUGGCACGGCAGUCAUGCAGGUCAGAGCUAUUGAUGCUGAUUCAUCACCAGAGCACAAUCAGGUUACGUAUAAGCUGGCUGACAACACGGAAUAUUUUUCUAUCGAUGAAUACACAGGUAAUAUCACAACUCGAGUAACUUUCGAUCGUGAGAGUCAAGAUGUUUACAACGUCAAGGUGAUUGCCUCAGACAAUUCACCCUCAGCUUUGUAUUCCACAGGAGAACCCAACAGAGGUCAGCAAGUGUUUAAAAUCGAAAUUGCCGACAAGAAUGACCAUCCUCCGAAAUUCACACAAGAUUUUUACUAUGCUGAUGCAAUCUCUGAAGAUGCCAACAAAAAUUCUCUAGUGGCAGAAGUUAAGGCACUUGACAAUGAUACAGCAUCUGUUGUAUCCUAUAGCAUAGUUGACGGUAACAUAGACGAUGCAUUUUUGAUUGAGCAAUCAACAGGAAAAAUCAAAGUCGCAAAUAAACUGGAUUAUGAAAAUAUUAAGCAGUACCUGCUCAAGAUCAAAGCAUUUGAUGGAAUUUUUGAAGACACAUGUGAAGUGAGGAUAGAGAUUAAAAAUGUGAAUGACAAUCCUCCUGUAUUCCUUCCGUACGAAAACAAGAUUCAAAUUCAAGAAGAGCUACUUGUUCCUGGAUGCAUUACGAAGGUGGAAGCAUAUGAUCCCGAUAUUCCUGAUCGCGAAGCAGAUCAAAAUAUUUCAUACUUUGUUGUAAAAGCAGAACAGCAGAAGCUCCUCAGCAUAGACAAGAAUGGUUGUCUAAUUUUAAUCAAAGCUUUAGAUCGAGAUCCACCCAAUGGAUUCGAAAUAUGGCAAGUGCUCAUUGCUGCAUAUGAUAACAAUGGACCUGGGCCGGACAGUUUAACAGAAAGUGCAGAAGUAAUUAUUUCACUUUCAGAUGUCAACGACAAUGCACCGUAUCUAAAUAUGCCACAACCUGUUGUAUGGAGAGAAAAUCAGCCGCCUGCUCCCAUCACAACAUUACUUGCAAAAGACAAUGACAGUCCAUCGAAUGGUCCACCUUUCAGAUAUUCCAUUGACAUAAGUGCCUCGUCUGAGAUCAAGGCCAAGUUUGGCAUUUUAGAUUCACAGCUAACUGCCCUAGUAGAAUUUGAUCGAGAGGAAAAGAAAAUAUACCAUGUUCCAAUUGCAAUAGAAGACAGUGGAAGCCCAGCAAUGACUGGCACUAGCACGUUAAUGGUUGUCAUCGGAGAUGAAAACGAUAAUGCCAUGAAAGAAGGCUCCAGUGAAAUUUUCUUUUACAAGUAUAUGGAUGAUAAGCAAGAAGAUGUCCCAGACACUGAAAUAGGUCGUGUUUUUGUUGAUGACUUGGAUGACUGGGACUUGCCAGACAAAACAUUCAACUGGCUCAAUGAACCACAUCCCUACUUCAGCCUAAAUGGCACCACUGGAAUGAUCACCUUGAAAUCUGGAUUCAGCAAUGAGUCUUACCUCCUCGAUUUCUUGGUGACGGAGUCAGCACUGAAAGUUGCCAGUCACUCUGUUCAGGCCAAAGUUAAUGUCACAAUCAAAUUCAUCCCUGAAGAAGCAGUUGAUAAGUCUGGUUCAUUAAGGUUAGCCGGCAUUUCGGCGGAAGACUUUGUUGCUACUUCUGUGUUGCAACGUGAGCUUGAUGUGGAAAUCCUCAUGAUCAACAUCAAUGAAUGUUUGCAAGAAAAGAAAUACUGUAAGAACGAAUCAUGUACUAACUUCUUAAAAAAGAGCAACACUCCCUACCCAGUCUACACAAACACUUCAUCCUUUGUUGGUAUCAGAGCUGUUGUUAAUCCUUUCUGCAAGUGUGAAGCUCUGGCUAAAGUUUGCUAUAAUGGUGGAACUCUUUUCAAUGAUGUGUGCGAAUGUCCAGAAGGUUUUGAUGGUCCACAGUGUGAAGUGAUGGGUGUUGGUUUCAAUGGUAAUGGAUGGGCGCUUUACCCUCCAUUGGGAGCCUGCUCAGAUUCUCAUAUUUCAGUGGAACUUCAGCCACGAGAGAAGAAUGGUCUAAUUUUAUAUGGUGGUCCUUUUAAUCAUCAUCGUUCAUCUGCAAGUGCUCAAGAUUUCAUCUCUCUUGAGCUUCAAGAUGGUUACCCAGUUUUAUUGGUCGAUUACGGUUCUGGAACCUCUCGCCUAGCUCAUAAUCAUAUCAGGCUAACAGAUGGACACAUGCAUAGAAUUGACAUUUACCUGAGUAGAAGUAGCAUUGAGCUUCAAGUAGACAAUUGCAAACAGCCACCCUGUCUGAGUCUCACAACUCCAGAGGGUGCAAAUGAAUUCCUAAAUAUCAAUGGACCACUUCAUGUCGGUGGAACUGCUUUCCAUAACAUUAAGCUGAUUGCAGAUCACUACAACUGGACACAUGCUCCAAAGAACAUCGGAUUCAGUGGAUGCAUCAGGAAUAUAACUUUCAACGAAAAACCUUUUAAUCUGGGAAUGCCAAGUUUUGCAAAGAACCAUGAUGCCAGCUGUAGUUUAGGCAUUGCAGGUGCUGUAUCAUUGGGCAUUGAUGCUAGUUUCCUUUUAGCUCUUCUUGCCUGUCUAGCUGUUCUCCUUAUUCUGCUUGUCGGAGUAGUCGUACACCGCCGCAAAGCAGACGAAAUGCUAAAAGAUGCAGAUGACAUUCGGGAGAACAUCAUCAAUUAUGAGGACGAAGGAGGUGGCGAAGGUGACAUGACUGGCUAUGACCUAACUGUUCUCCGCCUUGGCUAUGAUGACGUACAAGGGAAUGGAAAGUUACCAUACUCUGCAAUCUCUCCCGGUGAGGUUCCUGAUAUUUGCGGGUUCCUGGAUGGCAAGAAAAGUUCUGUUGACAAUGAUCCUGAAACAGGUCCCUUUGAUGAUGUGAGAUACUAUGCCUAUGAAGGAGACGGUAGUACAACUGGCUCGUUAUCAACCUUGGCAUCAGGCACAGAUGAAGGAGACUUAAACUUUGAAUACAUUUCCAAGUUUGGGUCACGAUUCCGUAAACUAGCAGAUAUGUAUGGCGAUGACCCCAGUGACGAAGAGGAUGACAAUUUCCAACAUACUGGUUCGGAGUCUUGGUGCUAAUCAGACUACCCUUUCAGUUUCCGCAGCGAGUGAUUCGAUUUUUCAAUUCGAGGUAACAUAGUUGUCAGGCGAGAGAUUUUCAGUUUACCCUGCCUGAUCUCUGUAAUUUAAGUUGACCAAAAUCUUUAAUAAGUCAUUCUAAUCUCUAACUUCGAUGCAGGGUCCUUAUAUGUACUGCUUAUCAUAAAACACUCAGAGAGAACAGAUGAAGAAAGAAAGGAUUUUCAUUCAGUUCAUUUAUAGGUUUGUAGUGUGAUGAUAGAGUUCAUUUUGAUCUCCAUGUUUUUUAUUCAUAGCUCAUAGACAACCUGCAAAAGAUUUUUUUUUUUUUAAGUGAUCACAACGCCAGUGGUAGAUCGAAAUCUUUUGAAUUGUAAAACCUUCACUUGGUCAUUUUAAUUCCUUAUGAUAGCAGGUUACAGACGUCAUAAAGUUCGUAGAGUGCCUGUGAAUUCUCUUUACAGUUUUUGACUUGUCUCAAACUCAGUUUCCAAGAGGAACUAGUUUUUGCAUUUCAAAUGUAAUAGUUUUGUUGUAUUUUUUCUGUUCAGUUACCCACAAACUUGUUUCUGUUUUUAUUGAGUUGUAUCUGCAGCAGAAUUGCAUAAUAUUGCAUGGUGGCAAAGGAUUUGUGAAUCCACCACUUCCAUUAUGACUGAUGGCAAAUUAUGCAGUUUGUGCAGUGCGACGAUCAGAGCACCAAAACAGCUCAUUGGUUGUAUUGUUGCUGUUAAUCACUGUUGCGUCUUAUUGGCAGUACCACUCCGCCAUUACCCCCUUUCAGGACUCGUCCUUCUCAGGAUUCUGCUUUUAUGCUGAGAUGCUUUGAAAUGAGGUUGAUCUGUGAGGAAAUUAGAAGUAAUGGGUUUCUUGUUUAUGUCAUCAAUUUAUGUUCAAAAUAGGUCCACUUGGAUUUCAAGUGAAUUUUUUGAAAAUUCUCUUGAAAUGCUCACUUUAAGUGUCAGAAGUUAGAACCGCAGAGAUUCUAAAAAAUCUUGACCCAGCAUAUGUUGCUUGAUGCUACCAUUAAGUUAAUGCUCACAUUUUUUACAUCUUUAACUUUAAAUGCUCCUUUUUCGACCAUACUUCAAUUUCAGUCAAAGUGACUUUUUUUUUUUUUUUUUGACGUGCUGAAAGAAUCCUUAUUUUUAAAAAAAUUCUCAUUGAUUUCUAGCACUUGUCCAUCAGUGUUCAUAUGGGAAGAAAAAUUACAAGGAUCCACAAGGAAAAAAAUAACAAGGUGAGUUUAAGUUGUGUCUCAGCAUAACCAAAACUGUUCACCGAAUUGUGUUCACGAAUUAAAAUUUUAUUCCGUCAGUAUAUUCAAAUGUGCCUUUUGACUGUUCAGUUUGACAAACGGAGAUUCUUGAAGUUUGUAGGUUGCGCUUUAAAUCUUUGGGGACCUCUAUAACAACUGUAUCAAUGAGAAUGAAAACACAACAACUUGGAAGAAGGAGAAUGUUCCUGAGACACAAGAAUUUGCACAGUAAGUGAAGAAGUUACAAUAAGAGAAAGAUUUUUGGUGGAAAGGACAAGUUCUUAGGACAAGUUGCCUUAAGGAAAAGCCUUUUCUCAAAGUUACCUAGUCACUCAUCGUAACAAGUCCCCUAUUGUGCAGUAUUUUGUGUCUCCUGAUUAUUUUCAUUUUUCCAAGUUAGCGUGUUUUCAUUCUCACAGAUUCAGAUAUGUUCGCAUCUAAAUGCAAAUUGUGAUCCAUGCCUAAAUUUGAUCAAUCCACAAGAAAUGUAAGUGCCAUCUUUAGAUAAUUUUUGUUGUCGAUCACUCAGCUAGUUAAUUUUCCCGGGUGACUCCAAGCAGUAUUGUGUUCGUCAAAAUCAACAGCAGGCUCCGUCAAAUGUAAACCGAGCUCCCUAAAACUUAGAGACUUAAAAUUCUAACACAAAAAACAGUCUGAAAAGUGGAAAUAGUCCUCUUAAACUUAGGUCCUUAAGUCAAGCAAUGGUGCUAAUAGUUACUUGUUGCCUAAACAAAAUUUUCUCCAUCAUUCCUGCCAUAUGCCAUUAAUUUAAUUUAAAUUAUCAGAGUUUGUAGGGACUUUCAUUUUUCAGCAAGUGGUGAAGUCACAGUAGUAGGUAAUUUCUCCACGAUUUUUAUUGAAAAUUGAAUUUUGAUAUUUGUUUUAGGAGUUGUUAAAACAUGAAGGUUUGACUUUGGAUCCCCCUCGCGUGCCCUCCAAAUUUAAAGUCUGACAUUUUGGGGGACAAAGGGCUUGUGUGUGAGCUUUCAAUAGACAAAGUUUGAAGAAUUUUGAAAGAGGGGGAGGGGUAAUUUUGGUCAUUUUUGCAUCAUGCUCUUUCAACAGAGAUUUUUCAUUGUUUUUGUAGUCUCUUGCUAUAUGAUGGUAACUACUUAACUUUGUAUUGAGUCAAAGGAGCUGGCAGCUGGAGAAGAGGUGUGGGUAAAGUGCAGUCUUUCGAUAAUUUUUAAGAUGUGUUGAGAAUCUUGUUUGGCCUCUGAAUAGUUCCUGAAAUAUUUAAAGAGUUAUAUCAGAGUAAAAAUGCCGUCCAGUGCCAAAGCCUGUAGGCUCUUUAUUUUUAAUUUGAAGUGAAAAAAGGAUAUUGUUGUAAAAAAAUUAUUUCUAAGGUUGGAAAAUGAUUUCAUUGCUAAUGUGAAUUGAAAUUUAUUUCACCUUUAUGUAGCAUUAUUUUGGCUAGUACCUAAUUUGAAUCAUUGUACAGUUGUAGUUUAAGUAGUUAUACCGACUGCGAUAUUUUUAAUUAUCAUUCCAAACUUUGUAAUUCCUUUUAUUAUUGUUCAUAAUUGUAAAUACUCAUUUUACCCAAUUUUUUACACUACUUUGUAAGAUAUACAUAAUUUUCAAUUCUUCAAACCUAAAGCACUGUUGAUUGUUUAGAUAUUUUAUGUUGCCAUCUUGCAGAGUGAGUGACUGUUACGCCCUAGAUUAUUAAUCAAAUUAUCAUGACUAAGCAAGUAAAAAACUCGCCCAACGAAGUAUUUCCAUUAGCAUAAUAAGUUUAGAUGUGGAACUUACGCUUAAAAGAUUCUAACUCUAUCAUAGGAAGAUUUAUUUUAUUUUAUUUUAUUUUAUUUCCGUGAAACAGAUGUCAGUAGUUUAAUUUAAAAAGUGGUGAUUAAUGGAGAUUAUUAUUAUUAUUAUUAUUAUUUUUUUUUUUUUUUGUAAUUUUUAAUCAUUGAAAUAUUCUCUAGAUUUCUAGCAUGGAGAAGUAGUGACAACAUUUUCAGGAAGCCCCUCUGACUGCUCUUUCUCCAACUUGCAAGGCUCUAUUGUGUGUGCAAAUUGGAAUCUAAAUGGCUAAGUAACGAAAAAGUAUCAAGGAGGGAGGGGCUGUGAAUGCUCAUGAUGAGAUUUAUUAAACAGAACUCUUUGCAAUCAUAUCAUUGGGCAGGGAAAGAGGGGAAGACAUUGCGGUGGUAUCUGAAUGGAAUGUGCUUUCAAGGAGUUAAUCAAUAUUAAGAAAGAAGAAUAAUUCACUACAAUCCUAACAGAGAUUCGCAACAUGCAGGGAUAUAGCAUAAUUUUUCAUGAAAUGAGAUGAAAUCUUUUGAACUUAAAAACAAUUUUAGCUUCCAUAUAAAGACUCUCUGACGAUAGAAAAAUGUAUUGAUCUCAGGGGGAAAUAUGUUAAACGUAAAGAAUGAAUGCAAACAGAUCUAUUGAAUGCAAUUGAGACCAUUGAUUGGAGGAGGGUCAGGUGGUCCCUAUUGUUAAAGUAAGUUAGAUACCAUUUGUUUCCAGAUUAGUUAUUUCACUUGAGUAGUUCAGGGCCAGUUUUGAUCAGACAAUUAUGGCUAAAUCUUGUCGCUGCCAUUUCCAGGCAGUGUGGAUGUCUAAAUGAGAAGGGUAUUGUGAAAGUGGCCUCUGCAUUGUAACACUUGUAUCUAAUCUGAAUAUAAUCCUCUGACAGUGCCUUUUCUUGUUUGUAUCAUUGUAUGAAAAAUGUUUCAUUAAGCUGUAUAUAUUUUUAUAUGUGAAGGAAUUUUCCAUCUCUGUGAAAGUUAAAAGGAUAACAGAAUGACAUGAAUGUGUCUAUUGUUGACAGAAGUGCUGUGUGAGAAGAGGUUUCAAUAUCUCUUUUUCAUUGGAUUACAUUUUGCAGUGAGGAACCACUAUUUCUUGCCCAUUUUAGAAACAGCACACAUACAUUGGUUUCCCUAUGCAGAUAUAUGCUUUUAUAGGAGAGCCAGAGAUAGUGGUUCCUUUUUGCAAAAUGUGAUCCUUUAUUCUGUCACUCUGAUACAUGUGGUGUAGUUGGACCAUUAAAAUUUUCCUGAAAAGGAAAGAAAAUUUCUUUAAAAUAGCUAACUUCGUCCAUUGAAACAAGUGCAUGAAAAUUCAAUGCAAAAUCUCGUUUUCCCGGAUUGACUGCUCAAAAUUAUGAUUUUGUGAUCAUAUUUUGAUAUUUGAUACAUCUAAAUUGAAACUUUCCUCAAGAUAUUGAAUAAAAUUGUACAAUCAAUAAUGUUAAUCGAAUCUCAGCAGAAACAUUCUGCAACGAAGGACUGCUCGAUCUCUGUCACUGCUGUGAAAAUUUAACAGUGAAUAUAAAGAAAGUCCGUUAAUUUUCUUGCAGAAUAACAAUAAUCAGUUGCAAGCCUUAUUUUCCGUAUGAACCCAUUAUUACUUAGUCUCAUUUGUAAGUGUUUUUAAUCUUCUUGAAUGAAGUGGAUAAUCUGGAGUUAUCACCUCAAUUUUUCUGGUGAAACCUCCUAAAAUUUAAUUACAAAAUCGAAUGAAAAAAUGGGUAGAUUCAAAUGAAACGUUUGGAGAGAGGGAGGAUCACCUACAAACGCCUCAUUAAAUUUUAUUCAAUAUCAUCAUGAGCGUUUCAUUUUAGAUGUAUUAGAAAUCAAAGUACGACAGUAAAAAUAUUAUUACUAGCAAUCAAUCUGAAAAAAACGAGCCUUUUCAUGCGCAUAUUUCAACAGAGGAAAUCAAUCUUUCUAAUAGAAUAUUAAGGAUUAAAUUGAGGAAAUCGUUAAUUCUAAUUAAACUGUGUUACUUCAACAUAUACCUCGUUCUGCACAUGCGUUUGGGUACUAAACCUAAGUCCUAGACCUCAUAGCUAAAAGAAAUUCUUUAACAAAGAAAAAAGUGAAUAUUUAAAGUUACUGGAUUCCACCCAUUUGUGGUCGUUAAAGAUUCCCUGUGUACGGCGUAUCAACAGGAAAGUUGAAUAUUUUGACUCCGAAACCUUAAAUUGUGGCCGAAAAUGCAUGAGAGAGGACCAUGUGCAAGUAUACACACCUUUUUUUAAAGCUUUUCAAAGUAAUGAAUUCAAAAUAGCAUAAUUUUAUUCAAUAUAUUUUUUUUUUUUCCAUAAUUCCAAGUUUCAAAUCAACAAAGAAGCCUCAAUCCUCAAGACUAAGUAGUGUUUGAUUCACUUUAUGUCUUGAAGUCGAAACAAACAGAUGCAUUGUUUACUGCAAUUCUAAACGUCGCUAUUACCUUGAAAUCAUAUUUUGUAUUAUUAUUUCCAUAUAUUUGUUUGUUAAUGAGUCCCUCUUUGAAUCCCUUGUACAGAUACUUCGGCUUCUGUACCAGCGUACAACUUAUUACAGAACUGUUUUCAUUAACCUAUAGGUGCUUUCCUCUUGUGCUACUCAUGCCCAUCAUGAGCUUAGUGCACAUGAAAUCAUAAAGCUUUAAUAGUAUCACAGCAUUAUUUUUGUACACCCUGAAGCGAAUAUCUUAAGCCCCUUUGGAAAAUCUAAAUUCUAUAGAAUACUUAGAAAAAUCUCUACAUUAAUUUUGAAAUUUUUAUUUUCUAAUGUGUCAAGUAAGUAUAGCAAUCAUUUGUCCAGUUUUAUGGUCCUUUAAUUUAUUCAAUGAAGUAUAAACAGCUUAGGAGCUUAUCUCAUUGCUUUGCUCCUCAUCAGUUAAAUUAAUUUUAUUGACUCUGUAUCAUUAGUGUAAGUCAAAAUCAUUUCAACUCCUUGUUUUUGAAUUUGUAAUUAGAAUCAGUUUCUUAAUUUGUUGGUUUAAAACAACUCGUGUACCACUAAGGACAUUAACAUUAAUAUCUAUAAUAUCUAUCUCUCCUAUCGGCACCCAAGCCCUGAGAAUAUGUUAAGUAUUUCCUUUAUUCAUCUUCCUGCGUGAAAUGUUUAUGCCUUGUGUACUUAAUUGUGUCAGUGUGACAGGUUUCUUUUUCACCAAUUGAACAGCUAUAAGUGAACAGUUAUGUUGUGACUUAGUAGGGGCUCUAAUACCUAUGCAUUAGUCUCAAUAAUCCUUGUAAAGAAAUUAACUUUCUCAAUCAAGGGACUUAAUGUACGUAAUUUUACCAAAUCGUUUGUAGUUUUAAGUGCCUUCCAGAAUCAAUCUCUUAUGAUAGGUUCAUUUGUAUGGAUCAAAUGUUGUUUACAUUGUAAUGCUCUAUUUUACAAUAAUUUGAAUUAUUGCGAUUGUUCACUAAAUGAUAAACGACCAAUUCUUUAAUGAUUGAUCACUGCUUUCAAUGCUCUUUCAUUUUGAUGUUCAUAAAAAUUUGAAGUUCAGACAAGAUAGUGGCCUUUAAAAAUGAUUUAUUUAAAUUUCUUGCAAAAAAUUUGUCUUAAAUUAUCAGUAACUUAUCUUUAAUUAUCAGUAAACAUCAGUAACGUUCAGGAACGCUGCAUAUUGAUA